CCCGACCACGCGAGGUCCGGGUUAGCGUUAGGCAAUUUCGAAAAUCUCCGAAUUCGGGGGUGCACUAUAAAAAUCUGCCCCGCGCCGGCGGCGCAUUUCAGUGUCACGGCUAUCGUCUGCCGGUGUAGUUCUAGCCAGUUCCGGAGACGUGGAUGAGCGAAAAUCAAAAUGAAUAAGAUCCUCCUAACGCUGCUAGUGAUCUCUGUUUGCGUGUGCGACGCAGUUUCAAAUUACGGCUCGCUGUUAGAGUACUUCUUUAAACCUGCCCCAAGGGCUUUCUCUCCGCCACCUUCCCCAAGUUUGAGGUACAAUUCUUACUAUCAACAACCGGCGCCGUCAAAUUCGAGAUACGUACCGUAUUAUCACCAAACACAACCAAUGCAGGCUUUCUCACCUUAUGCACAACCUCAAUACAUGGCGUCUCCUCGAAUAGUUCCCGGUGUACAACCCGUGCGAUACAUGCCGCUAUCGUCGCCUCCCGUGUUUGAUCAAGUGCCUUCAGUCAUGAAGUCUGAACACUACAUUGCACCAGUUGAUUCCUACUCGAUAAAGUACGACCAAUCUUCGCCUGACGGCCAAUACUCUAUCGAAACCGUCAAAUCCGAAGGACAUUCUUACUCGCUAGAACCCGAGCAGAUCACUAUCGAGAACAUCAUUUCACCAGUAAAAGACAUGGAACCCUUCAUCGAUCCGCGCCUACAGGAACCAGAGCCAUCAGAUCAGGAUGCUCCCGGUAGUUUUGUUCUUAGCCAGCUCACAAACCCCACUGCCGUGACCGACAACGAGGAGGCGCUUCCGCAUCAACUGUCCAUCCCGACAAACGAUUUCGCAACCACAACCGAGGCGCCCACAUUAACUGCCACUGCAGCUCCCCCGGCCACCAUCACCGUACAAAGCGUCAACAAAGUGUCACCUCGCGUCGUCCAGCCGGCAAUACCUCUCGCAGUGAACCGUAUCGUCCCGCAGCAGCAGCAGCAGCAGCCUAUACAGCAACCCGGCGAACAGAUCCAGAUCGUCACGCCGGUCAAUUUCAACGCGCGCCUUCCGGAUCCGGAAGAGAAAGUGUACGUCAUGUACGCCACUUCGGUGGGCCAACAACCGAACGACAGUGAGAAUCUGGUGAUUCCGUCAUCCACGAAUUUUGAGUCGCAAUCGGUUUCGAUCGAAAGAGCCUCGACUACGGUAGUGAUGUGAAGACUUUGCACCGCGAUGCGGCCGACUUUCGACAGAACAUCAUCGAGCAGUUCCAGAGGGGGAACCAGGCUCACCACGAGGGGCUUAGAACUGUCGACAGCAGCGGGAGUGACUCCGGCGUUGCACGAUUCGUACCGGAACAGUCACCGCGGCAGCAAGCUUGAGGUUGCAACAGAGCUAAACCAAAAAUUUGUUGUACUAAUUUUUCGGUUGUUUUUGUAAUGAAUAGAAAUGUAGUAUUUAUUUUCGUCA